GUCCCGUGGAUAUUCCCGAGUCUUAUGCAAUUUCCUAUCUUGCAAAGGCGCGUUCCUCGGUACUACAUUCACCUAUAUAAGAGGCAGUGCGAUUGAAGUGAGAAUUCGUGGGGAGUCUGUCACGUUGGCUCUCGUGCUCUGACUCCUCCCAGAAUAAGACCAAGAUGGCUGUUCUGGGAUCUUCUUCUUCUCGUUGUUCAGUUGCUGCUGUUGGGGCUGCUCUUGUUCUUGUUCUUGUUCUGGUUUUGAAUGGGGCCGAUUUAUGCAAUGGAGGGAAGACCAGCACUUUCGUCCGUAAAGUGGAGAAAACCGUGGACAUGCCUCUGGACAGCGAUGUUUUCCGAGUGCCUCCUGGCUAUAAUGCCCCUCAGCAGGUACAUAUAACACAAGGAGAUCAUGUGGGAAAAGGAGUGAUUGUGUCAUGGGUGACUCCGGAUGAACCUGGGUCCAGUGUAGUGCUCUACUGGAGCAAAAACAGCGAGCACAAGAAAAAGGCAAAGGGCAAAGUGAAUCGUUAUGAGUUCUACAAUUAUACUUCUGGUUACAUCCACCAUUGCACCCUUAACGACUUGAUGUACAACACCAAAUACUAUUAUGAGGUCGGAAUUGGACACACGGUCCGACAGUUCUGGUUCAUUACUCCUCCGGAGGUUGGCCCUGAUGUUCCAUACACUUUCGGUCUCAUAGGGGAUCUUGGUCAGAGUUUUGAUUCAAACGUGACCCUCACCCAUUACGAACAUAAUCCACAGAAAGGACAGACUGUGUUGUUUGUUGGAGACUUGUCGUAUGCAGAUAAUUAUCCCAACCACGACAAUGUGAGGUGGGAUACGUGGGGAAGGUUUGUAGAAAGAAGUGUAGCUUAUCAACCCUGGAUAUGGACAGCAGGAAAUCAUGAAAUCGACUUCGCUCCUGAACUCGGAGAAAAUAAACCCUUCAAGCCCUAUACGAACAGAUACCAUGUCCCUUAUAGAAAAUCAAACAGCACCGCACCUUUUUGGUACUCCAUAAAGAGAGCUUCAGCAUACAUCAUAGUCUUAUCGUCAUACUCUGCAUAUGGUAAAUAUACUCCCCAGUACAAAUGGCUUGAAGAAGAGCUAAAAAAAGUUGACAGGACCGAGACACCAUGGCUGAUUGUUAUGAUGCAUUCUCCCUGGUACAAUAGCUACAACUAUCACUACAUGGAAGGAGAAACCAUGAGAGUGAUGUUCGAGCCGUGGUUUGUGAAAUACAAAGUAGAUGUGGUGUUUGCAGGUCAUGUCCAUGCAUAUGAACGAUCUGAACGUGUAUCCAACAUCGCAUACAACAUUGUGAACGGCUUGUGCAUCCCUGUUCAUGAUCAAUCAGCUCCAGUGUACAUAACGAUUGGUGAUGGAGGCAAUCUUGAAGGUUUGGCCACCAACAUGACGGAACCCCAGCCAAAAUACUCAGCCUACCGCGAAGCCAGCUUUGGCCAUGCGAUUUUCGAUAUUAAGAACCGAACGCAUGCAUACUAUAGUUGGCACAGAAAUCAAGAUGGAUAUGCAGUGGAAGCCGAUUCUAUGUGGUUCUUCAAUAGAAUAUGGCAUCCAAUUGAUGAUUCUACAAGCGUUUGAUGGUUAUCACAGGACAGGACAAGUUUUCUCUUUGGAUCUCUUCAAUACGCUUCCAAGCAAUUAAAAGUUCUGCAAUUAGGCUUCUUGGAGUCUAUGGUACUAUCUUUUUGUAAUAGAUUUUUUUUUUUUUUUAAUUUGAAUGAAAGAUUCAUGCUGGAAUUUUAGUAGACUGCAUAUUUUUUAUUGUUGAAGUUCCUAAUAAACAUGUCUGUAAAACCUUUGCCAAUAAAUGAUAAUUUUGAAUUCUCAA